CCCAGGAGUGCCGCCCACUAGCUCCGCCCACCUGUGCCCAGCAGUGCACCCACAUGUGCCCAGCAGUGCCCACCAGUGCCACCCAGCAGUACCACCUACCUGUGCCUAGCAGUGCCACCUACCUGUGCCCAGCAGUGCCACCCAUCUGUGCCCACCAGUGCCACCCACCUGUGCCCACCAGUGCCACCCACCAGUGCCCAUAAAUGCAGCCCAGCAGUGCUGCCAGUCAGUGCCACCAUCAAUGCCACCUAUCAGUGCUGUCUAUCAGUACCCAUCAUCAGUACCACCUAUCCGUGACACCUUGUUAGUGCUGCCUAUCAGUGCCGCCUAUCAGUGCCCUUCAGUG